GUCAUAAAGCCGCGCCCCUUGCUCCCUGUGUUUGUUGUGAUUUGGCUGAAGAAAGGGCAAAGUGUCCAAAUGCAUAGAAAAACUCCUGAAGCAGCUGAGAUCCACGUGACACACGAUAAUAAAGAUGGCAUUUAUUAAAGAAGAUAGUGAAGACAUGAAGAUUGAAGAAACAUUCAGAGUCAAACAUGAAGAAACUGAGGAACAAACAAAGAUGGAGUUUAUUAAAGAGGAGAGUGAAGACAUUAAGAUUGAAGAACAAACAGACCUAAAUUCACUGAAAGAGGAGAUGGAAGUACUGAAUGAAACUCAAGAGAAUGAUCAGGAUGAGAAUCCUCAUGAUUUCGUAACUGGAGAAAAUAAGUUUUGUUCCUUGCAGUCUGAAAAGACUUCCACAAGAAAAAGAGCUCAAAAGACAGGAACUAUGAGUUAUUUCAUGUGCUUUCAGUGUGGAAAGAGUUUCAGUCAACAUGCACAUAUUGAAGCUCACAUGAGAAUCCACACAGGGGAGAAGCCUUUCACCUGCAAACAGUGUGGAAAGACUUUCAGUCAACCAGGAAACCUUAAUUACCACAUGAGAACUCACACUGGAGAGAAACCUUUCACCUGCAAACAGUGUGGAAAGACUUUUAGUCAACCAGGAAACCUUAAUUACCACAUGAGAGUUCACACAGGGGAGAAGCCUUUCACCUGCAAACAUUGUGGAAAGACUUUCAGUCAAAAUGGAAACCUUAAUUACCACAUGAGAACUCACACUGGAGAGAAACCUUUCACCUGUAAGCAGUGUGGAAAGACUUUUAGUCAACCAGGAGGCCUUAAUUACCACAUGAGAGUUCACACUGGAGAGAAGCCUUUCACCUGCAAACAGUGUGGAAAGAGUUUCAGUCAACAUGGAAACCUUAAUUACCACAUGAAAGUUCACACUGAAAAGAAACCUACUAGAAAGAAAUGAAACCUUUACACCCACAGGCGAAUUCACAUUACGAAGAGUUAUUUUUGUUGUUGUUUUACCUGCAAACAGAGUGGAAACUCACACAGAAAGGAAGUUUUAACAAGAACUUGAGAACUCAGAUUGGAGAGAAGCCUGAGAUGUGGAAGAGUUUCCAUAAAAAAUAAUACCUUGAAUUCCAUAUGAAAAUUCACACUAGAGAAGUGGAACGACUGUGGAAAGACUUCCAGAAACAAAGCAAAUCUUGAGUUAAACAAACUAGAUUGAUACAUACCAUCUUCCGUAAAGCUGAAACUGAUCUUGAAACAUUGAAAUUGGUACCUAACUGAAUUGUCAAGUGAACUGAUUCUAACUCUACUUGUUAUAUUUUGUACUAUUUCCUUUCCUCCACAAACCUCUAAAAUUCACAGUACUUAGGCUAUAUGAAAGUCAACUAGUUCAUUUAAAGGGAAUCUGAAGCCUACCUCUCUCGUUUGGCACAGCAUCCAAAUAUUUGCGAAUAUAGAAACAUUUGGAUCUAAAAUAUUUAUUGCAUAUAGGUUUUACACUUAACUUGCAUUAUUGAAGUAAAUCAUCAUCCUUCACAAAGGCUAUACCAGCAUAGUGAGGCACUGUUUACACUGAAUGUAACAACAGACUAUUUCUAUUUUCUUUAUACAUAUUUUAUUUUGAUAAUGAACAGGCUGUGAGGUCAAGGUACCAAAAAUGUUGUGCCUGUGCGUGAGGCUAGAGCACGAUCUGUAGGGAUCGACCGAUAUGGACCGAUAGCCUUAGCCGAUGACCGAUACGGGCUGCUGAUUUUCUUGAGCUGAUAUUUGGAGCCGAUACUGCUUUUUCUCACUCAAUUUACAUAAUAAAAAUGACACAAUGAAACCAAAUGUUACAAGUCUCAAAUUAAAAAAGGAACAUUUACUGAACUUAAA